AUGCUAGAAGGCCUUGUCGCCUGGAUUUUGAACACCUAUUUAGGCAAAUACAUCGAACUAAACACAGAUCAAUUGAGCAUAGCUCUAUUAUCAGGUAAAGUGGAAUUAGAGAAUGUACCGUUAAAAAAGGAAGCUUUAAGACACCUGGGAUUCCCUGUUGAUAUUAAAACGGGCUUUAUAGGAAAAAUAGAGCUGCAAAUACCCGUUAGACAAAUCCGAUCAGCUCCCUGGAUAAUUAUUAUCGAACAGUUAUGUUUUGUUGCAAGUCCUCUAUCAGUGGAUCAGUGGGAUUCCGAGGCGGAAGUUCUAUCGAAACACGAAGCCAAACUGAUGGCUUUGAAUUCAAUCGAAGCCGAAUGGAGAUUGGAAAAAGACUUGGCCGGCUACAAUUCAUCUUCCUCUUAUUAUUCUUCGACAUAUUCCUCUUGGUACAGUUACGGCACCGGACUGAUUACGGAAAUUAUGGAAAACUUACAGUUGAAAAUCCAGAAUAUCCACGUGAGAUACGAAGAUUGCACAACUGUGCCGGAUCAGAAAUUCGCCUUCGGCAUCACAUUGGGCUCCCUGAUAGCCCAAAGUUGCGAUCACAAUUGGUUGCCCAAAUUCAUCCAUAACAACGACACGAGCGAGGAGUCCUUCAAAAUCCUGGAAAUCAAGGAAUUCGCAUUGUAUUGGACGGGUAUAAACGAAGGAGAAUGCCUGGCCGGCCUGGAUUUAUCCGGAUUAGCCGAAGAAAUGGGCAAAAACAAUUUGAAAAAAUACACGAAAAACUUCCUUCUACCACCCGUAAGCGCCCAAGCUCAUUUGAAACGCAACAAAAGCUCGAAAGCUUUGAGAUCAUCGACCCCUAGAUAUUUCUGCGAUUUUCUACUAGAAGAUGUUCAUUUAUCAGUAUUAGACUGGCAGUAUAAACAAUUGAUAGGCUGUGUAAGAGGCUUGCAGGACUUGAACAGGAUCAGGAAUUACAGGCGUUUCAAGCCUCUGAAUCCCGUGGAAAAGGACCCUAAAGCCUGGUGGUUUUACGCCGUAAGUUGCCUUUACCCCACUGGCGAGCAGCCAAGUAUUUGCAGGCCGAAACCCACUUGGGAAUCCUGCUCGAAAAGGGCCAGGGACAUCGUUAGAUACGUGAAAAUAUGCGGGAAAGUGCUGACAGCGCCCUCUGUUACUUUAUCGGCCGACGAGAAGAAAUUCAAGGAGGAAAUCGAGUGGGCUAUGGGCUACGAGGAAUUGAAGACAUUAAGGAAGUUGGCGAUGGAUUCAGUGAGGCUGCCCCAAUGGGGUUCCACCGAUAAAGCAAGAAAUACUCUAGUAAAAUGGUUUCCGAGCUGGAUGGGCUGGUACGGCAAUUCGGGCGAAGGCCGUUCGAAAGAAGAAACCGAUUUGGAAGGGGAGAUUUUAGAAGUUCUGGCGAAUUCCGCCGAUAACGUAAAUUAUAGGAGAGAUGUUGUCCUUGGAAAACUCCAUUUUUGCCUCAAAACCGGCUCGUUGACUUUGAGACGUUCCUACGGCAAAAUGGCCGACGACAGCACCUCCAUGUUGGAAAUGGAGUUCGGCAAUUUCGUGUUGGGAUUUCUGAGCAAGCCCCGCUUCGAUUCCUACGCCAUCGAGUUAUCCUUGGACUCUCUAUAUUUAAAAGAUAAAAUCAACGCCGAUACGAUGUUCCCGAUCGUAAUAGCCCCGUCGGGGCUGGAGAGGCUGUUGUCGAUGCAAGUCAGAGGCCAAGACAGAAAAACCAGCAUGGCGAGCAAACAGGAAUUCAUCAAGAGGCAUUUGUUUUAUUUGAUGUACGAAAAGAGAACGAACAAUUCGAGAUUAACAGUAAAAUCGGAAAGUCUCGACAUCGUGUAUCAACCGGACGUCAUCAAGUGGUUCAUGGAAUUCGUUUACCAGCCUCUUUAUAGCCCCGCAGUAGCCCCGAUUCAAACCCCGAUAAAAACCAAUACCAAGAUAGAGCUGAUGAAGAACUGGGAACACAUCAUAUCCGCCGGAAAGGUAUCCAGAUCGGCGUGGGAACUGGAAUUCGACAUUACGGCGCCUCAAAUUAUAUUCGUCGAGCAAUUUAGCGAGCAAAAUAGCCCCAUGGCCGUCGUGGAUUUCGGUAAAUUGCACUUGAAAAGUAACGUUAGACCGGACAGAGCAGAAAACACUAAUACGAACAUAGACAUUUCCGAAGGAAAAACCAGCGAAGAGGACGAAACGUAUUUAACGCCUUGUUCAACGCCUCCCGUCAGCGAAGAAAGCCUCUCUGUCGAUCAAGAGCCCGUUUUAACGGAAGAUUUACUGCUAACGAAUCAACCGACUUUGAACGAAGAAAAUCUUCAUUCGAAACUCUACGAUACUUACAAUUUGGAACUGACCGAUUUGCAAAUAUUAAUCGGCCGGUUAAAAGAUAACUGGCGGUUCGCGCUUAACAGGGGCUCGUCGAAUUUGCACGUCAUCGAUAGGUUUUGCAUUUCGGUGCAAAUCGAAAGGAGAUUGUUUGCAACGGCCGAUCCGCAUUAUCCUAAUUUCAUUUUGAACGCCCACCUUCCAAAAUUGGUGACCCACAUCAACGAACUCAACAUGCUAUCGGCUUGUAACUUAAUCGAAAUGAUAUCCAAAACUUUGAUAGUGUUCAAAAUCGCCGCCAAUACCACAAUCGGACAAUCUACCGACGAACCUGACGCCCCGACCUCGCAAGAGCCCCACGAAGACGACGACGACGACCCCGUCGCCCACCUCAUCACCACCCAAUUCUUCAUCGAUCAAAUGUCCUUGGAGAUUCAGAGCAGGGGCAGGAGCAUAGCCGAAUUGCAAAUAGCCGGCGUCAAAGCCUCCUUGUCGAAGAGGCCGCACCACACGAGCCUCACCUUCACCUUGCACAGCCUCCUGCUCGUCGACGCCCUGCAGACGUUCGGCGCCGAUUUCGAGCUGCUGAUGGCCAGCCACCGGCAUUUGGGCAUGGAUUCGCUGUCGGGCAGCAUCAGGGGCAGCGAGCCCCAAUCGCCCGUUUCGCCUGCAAGCCCCUGUCCGGGCGGGGGCGGCGGGCUCUCUUCCAGGAGUGGGAUUUGCGGGGCCGACGGGGCUACGUCCCCCACCGAUCUUACGAGGGCCUUGAACACGUUAGCUACGUCAGUGACGUCUCCUAUGGACUUCUUGGAAAACACGGAGGCCUUGAUUUCUAUUGAAAUUCAACUUGUCACCGGUUCGACGUCAAUGCAAAUUGUCAACAUUCAAUUCAACAAUUUGGAUAUUAUUGCCAAUCAAGAGACUUUGGUGGAAUUGGCGGGUUUUUUCAAAAGGAUUUUCCCGGACAAUCGAAGACCCUUGGAAUCCUUGAUGAAAGUUCAAAAAUCGGCGGAGUCCUUGCUCGAGGAGUCGAUGAAUCCUCGGGGAAACACCGAAAUUACAUUUGAUUUUCACCGUUUGAACGUUCUUCUAUUGAGAGGAGCCUUAAAAGACGGCAAAUUAUACGGCAGAAAAAUCGGCACGGCUACGAUAACACAGGCCAAAAUCCAAGCGACGAUAAACCCGAAUUUCGUCCUCGAAGGGUCCUUGGGCAGCUUCCAAAUCCUCGAUUUAACCCCUCAAGGACGAAUCCAUCAAAACAUCCUCAGUAUCGGCGACAGCCCCAACAAUUCGCUGGAACAUUCCCGUUUGUAUCAGGACGAAAUCGAGAAAAAACCGGCCUUCAGUUUCAGGACGAAAUCCCGCGAAUCCUGCAGGACUUGCAUCGACAUUCGUAUGGCUUCGGUUUGGUACACUCAUUGUCCUUAUUUCAUACUAGAGUUGAAGUCCUGCGCCUCGGAAUUUGAGGUUUACCUCACGAAUUUGGCCAAAACUAUCAAAUCCUUCGGAUUGGCUACGAUAAGGACCGAGUCCUCGACAAGGACUCACAGCGCACCGUUUACGCCUACUAAGAAAUUGUAUUACAAGGACUCCUCGCCUUAUAGUCCUUCCGAUGGUAAUUUCGGGAUUUUCAAUGCGGACAUUAACGUGGAAAUGGACAGUCCUGUCAUUAUCCUGCCGAAAAACAGCCUCAGCACGGAGGUGUUCGUCCUGCAUUUGGGCAAAAUCACCGUGAACAAUCAUUAUCCUGGCGAGAAUACGGAAUUUUACAACGUCGAAAUCAAGGAUAUGAACAUUUUCUCGCUGGAUAUCGAAAAAAGGACGAAAAUCCUCGAACCUCAAAUCCUUUAUAAUUGCUCUAACGAAGCCAAACCGAUCCUACACGACACCGUUUUGCUCCUGAAAAUCGAACGGGAAUUUUCCCAUCAGGAUUACAAUUAUCCCGACGAAAAAAGGACGAUUAUCCUUCGAAUAAACGCCAGUAUUAUAACGGCCUUGAAAGUGUCCUUAACAAUACCGCAAUACAGGCAAAUGAGGCAAACAUUAGACUGGCUAUCUUCGAUUAAUUACACCAAUCAGGAACAGGACCUUCCGGCAGGACCUUACAUAAACGACGUCAUCAAGGACGGAGACGUUGGUACAUUAGAAAUGGACCCUCAGAUUCGCGCCAAAUUAUUCCUGCCCGAUAUCCUCAAGGAUAAUACCGUACAUCAUUCCAUUCAAACCGAAUUAUCCUUCGACAUAUCCUUGUUCACCGUCGAACUCAAAGGAUCUGAUCGAACUUUGGUCAACGUAUCCUUGGCGGAUUUCGCUUUCGUUUACAAAAAACACGAGGAAUUCGAGGCCAAUUUACGAAUAUCCUUGAGAUCCUUGCUGGUCGAGGACCUUCAGCGACCUAUUAACAGCAAAUACAGGAUCAUAGCGGCCUCGUCCUGCGACAAGGACUCUUCGAACAGCCACGUUAAAGUCUCCAAAUCGUGUCCCGUGGUCAGUUACUCGAGUUACCCGAGAAGAAGAGGCUCUAACAGCUCGCUUCCCGAUCACUUAGAGCAGGAUAGGAUGUUCGGAGGGGACUCGGAUGAGGCUUUUCCUCACACGCCUCCCUCCAGUCCUAUAGCGGGACAGAGGCGGGGCUCGGGCGAGGCUUACUAUCAAAGGCGCUCGCCUAGUACAAGCUCUUUAUGGGGCUCAGAUGAGGCUUAUCCUCACCCAAAGGAUAGCCAAGGCGAAAGAUUAGAUUUUGGAUCGAGUGAGGAUUAUCCUCGCAAACAUCCGAGACAUCGUCCCGUCGAGAAUUUAGUCAUUAUAAGCGCGGUUUUGGUGGAUCCUGGGGCUCCGAAUUUCCAGGAUAACUACUCUAGCUCGACUACGGUGGAUUUCAAUUGCCUGGACCUCGUCCUUAGCCCGGAAUCCUGGAUCCUGUUGCUCGAUUUCUUCGAUUAUUCCCCCGAACAAACCCCUAAAUCCUUCGAUAGUUCCGCGCAGGCGCGGAAAAAGGAUAAGAGCCUAACGAAUAUUAACGUGAGAUCCUUGACGAUCGUCCUUGUGGAACAGGACAACGAAAUAGCCAAGGCUAACGUGUCCGACGUGGAAAUUGGUGUUAAAAUAACGGAGUUGGCGAAGGAAAUUGAGGCUAGUUUGGGGUAUUUGUCCUUGCAGGAUUUGACGUUUGACGGGCGGCUGUACAAGGAUAGAUUCCUGACGUCCGGUUCGCAUCCCGUGCAUUUCGAAUACACCAGGUAUUAUAAAGGGGCUAAAAAAGGACACGACGCGGAGUUGUCCUUGCGAAUGACGUCAGUGAUCUACGUGCAUACGAAGAGGUUCAUUGCCGAGGUCCUGGCUUUUUUCCAGACCUUUUCCGAAGCUAGGACGAAGGUCCUUAAAGGUUUUCGCAAACAAACAACACAAGCCGAUCCUUUGAAACUACUACUGAGAAUUGAGGCUAAAGCCCCCGUUAUCCUUCUACCGGUCAGUUCGUCGUCCUUGCAAUUAAUCGUAAUCGACUUGGGCCAAUUGAAGGCCAGCAAUUCUUUUAAACUAGCAGGAGACGAUGGUACGCUCGUCCCGCAGGAUAAUCGCUCGGGAUCUUCGCAGGACCUUACGAGGCGAAGCCUCCUGGACGUAAUGACCGUAUAUUUGGAACAUACGGAUUUGUAUAUGGGCGUCAAAGGAACGGAAAAAGAUAGUCCUCCGAAAAGGACGAAAUCGGGAUGUUGGAGGUUCCGGAAAAUCGGCCCGUCCUUACUGAGGGAAAAAUUCGAAUUGAAGUUGCGAAUCCAAAGAAAUUUGGAUAUUUCUCUGGCCAGAUCGUUGCCGGAUACGAGCAUUUACGGGGAAUUGUCCACGCUGGAUAUAGCCCUGGAUUCGGACCAGUACAGGACGAUUAGAGGCCUUUUGGCGCUCAAUUUGGGCGAGGAUACCGAGAGGAUAUAUCCUUCUAUACCGAGGAAAAACGAGAUCGAGAACAUCAAAGAUUGGACGUUGCUCUUCAUCAAAUUGGACUUGCAAAACGUGAAUAUAUCCCUUUGGAAAUCGCACGAGGACAAUUCCAAGCUGGCCUGCGUGAGCCUCAUCAAAUCCCAUCUCACGAUCGAAACGUUCAGCAACUUCUGCCAGGACAUCGAUCUGGUAUCGAAGGAGAUCCUCAUCAAGGACAUUCGCGAGGACGCGAACGAUUCGGGCAGGAAGAGGAACGUGUUCGGCAACAUCCUGGAGCCGAUCGGGCUCGCGCAGCAAGUCCAGGCGGAGAUCCACACGCGCAAGCGCAAGAACUUCGCGCAAACCACCAUCUUGUUCAACGACAUCAAGCUGAUGGGGAUAUUCGAUUGGUGGGAGGAGUUCCUGCGGUUCGUCGGGCAGGAUUUCGAGAACGCCGAGAGGAAGAUCCGGAAAGGGGGUCCUUCGAAGCCGGAGGAGAAUCCUUCGGAGUACGAAUUGAAAUUGAACAUCACCGAUUCCAAUGUGAUCAUCGUGGAGGAUUCGUCGCGGUGUAACAGCAACGCGGUGAUUUUGAAAAGUACGACAGUUUUGAAUUACAAACCUUUCGGACCUUCGAAACCUCUCACGUGCAAUUUGAACAAUUGCGAAAUGUUCUCGUGCAUUUUAGGCCUGGAGGAGGAAACUGCCUUAUCCAUAAUUGAUCCAGUUACACUCAAUCUGGAUAUCAAUCAGGACGGUAUUUUAGAGGUGCAAUUGCAAUCGAUGACUGUCAGAUUGUCCUAUCACGAUAUGUGCAUGUUCAUGAAAAUCCUGAAUUCCCUGCCAAAACAAUUGAUUUCUUCGAAAAACCAAGACCAACUAGACCCGCACGAAAAUCAAAUAGCAGCCUUAAGUAGCCUUGGAUUCUCUCCGGAAGCCUGCGAAAUAGCCUUGGAAGUUUGCUCGCAGCACCUAGACGAGGCCGCGCUUUGGCUGACCAAUAACAAAAACCCAGAUUUAGAGAACAAACCCGGGGAUUCCCUGCAAAUUAGAGCCAUUGACAUCGAUGCAAGUUGCAUUUCAUUGUGCAUAAUCGACGAUUGCGGCGACUCCGACGUACCUCUGUUAGAGCUAGCUCUAAGCGAUUUGAGUUUAGAGCAAAAUUUCGAUGUGGUUAAGACCUCUUCUAAAGGCUCCGUUAAUUGCACUCUUUCCAUGGAUUACUACAACAGGGUUUUGUCCGGCUGGGAACCUAUGUUAGAGCCUUGGAGGUGCUCCUUGGAAUGGUCGCGACUCGCCCGGAAAACGCCCCAAUCGAGCAGGCUAUCCAUAAAACUGGAUUCGCAGGAAAAUCUCGACGCCAACUUGACCUCGACCUGUCUCGAGCUCUACGAGCAAGUGAAGCUCAGUUGGCUGGGCGAUUGGCGGGACAGAGACAAAACGAACGCGGAACAAUACGACGAGAACGAGAAGGAAGAGGAGGAAAUCCAAUUUUCCGCGGCCAACUUGACCCGAAGGUCGCCGUUCGUUCCGUUCGCAUUGAAAAAUCGCACGGGCGCCAAUUUGCGAUUUUCCACGAACGUUUGCGAAUGGAACGACUACGAUUCGAUGUUGAUCGGCGGAAAUUCCGAGGAAAAUUGGACCGCCGUCAAGGCGGGGGAGACCGUCAAUUUUUCCUUUACUAGCAGAGAUAAAAUAAGGCACCGGAAUUCGCACAAAAUGCGCAUGCACCAACUGAAAGUGAAAAUAGACGGUUGGAAUUGCUCGGAACCCGUGACAGUCGAUAAAGUUGGAGUAUAUUUCAGAGAUACCUGCGCUGAAUUCAAAACUAGGACUUCCACCCUUCCGCACGCCCGGAUCGUCUUCGACGUCACUCUGGAAGGCUCCGCCAGGAAACUGAUAACGAUUCGGUCGGCUCUAUUGCUCGUCAACAAUCUACCGAGAGCCAUCGACGUGAAGUUAGAGAACAAAUUGCCCAACAACGAUUCCGCGGCCAACUUUUGGGUGGCCAAUCAAUUUUUCACCGUAGGAAAGAACGAGACUCUGCCGGUUCCCCUGGAUCACGCGCACUCGCUCAUCCACAUCAGGCCGUUCCAGACGCCGCAGCAGUUUACUUAUUCGUUUCCGGGGGUUUCCUGGACCGAAAUGUCUUACGGUUUCGACAGGAUUUAUCGAAUCGGGACUUGUCAUUCGCACAAAGGGGAGAAUUACAGAUUCUAUACGGAAAUAGUGAAACAGGGUCUACUAACGCCGUGCAGAGGAAAAUUGGAUCAACCGGCUCAUACGAUUUACAUUUUACCGGUUAUUAUAAUCGAAAAUUUACUACCGGUCGAUUUGCAAUAUUCGAUAUUCGAGCAGAAGGGGCUGAUCAAAUCCUGUUCUAGCGCUACUAUUGAAAAAGUCGUCUCGGAAAAUAUCGAAUUGAAAAUAGAAUUGGAGAAUUUCCGCGCUUUGAACAGCAUAUUUAUACCGAGCGAUUGCUCGAGCGGGUUCAAUUGCAGGAUCAAAAUGGAGGAUAAAAGGAAGAGGAAAUUGAAUUUGUCGGGUCAGGUGAUGGUGAAUAACGGGGCUAUGUUUAAAAUAUCGAUUUCCGCUCAUUAUUGGAUCGUUAACAAGACUGGAUUGCCAUUGGUUUUUAGACAAUCUGGCACUUCCAUGGAAAGCGCUGGACAAUUCGACGAACACGAACAGGCCAGGAUGGUGGGACCUCUGAUGUUCAGCUUUUCAGAUCAAGGGGCUAGCCCCACAGUAAACGCGAGAAUCGGCAACAGGGUCAUUUGGGACGGUACACCACAGUGGUGCGCCAAUUUCCACGUCCAAAAGGGCACGCAAUACCGCAAACUCCACGUGACCCUGAGAGACGGCCGGCCGGACGUCGUCUUCACCGUGGGUCUGGAAGUCCGACAAGGCAGAGGCAAAUACCGAUCGACGAACAUCCUGACAAUAUCGCCGAGGUAUCGCCUGUACAACCGCACCUCCUACAAUCUCCUGGUCGCCCAACGUUGUUUCGCCAAAGAAACUCGCCAAACCCCAUCGCCUAGAUCGUGCUUGAAGUCCGUGAAGAACAGCCACAUGGCUUUCCAUUGGCCGAAUCUGGAGAAGGAGCAAUUGUUGUGUUUGUCCAUAGAAGAUGUCCAGGAUUGUUGCUGGUCCGGCGGAUUGGACAUCAACGAUAACAAUUCAAUGCACGUGAAUAUCAGAGACUCUCUAGGCGGGGCCUACUUCCUCCGCAUGGAGGUCACCUCGCAGGGGGCCACUUCGGUGGUGGUUUUCACCGACGCCGAUCACCUGCCGCCGCCCCUUCGGCUGGACAACUUCUCCGAGGUGUCGCUGAUGUUCGGCCAGGCGUGCCACGUCGAUGUGGCCCACAGCACGGCGCGCGCCCAUUCGAGCGUGCCCUACGCCUGGGACGAGCCCCACGGCGAGCACCUGGUGAAGAUCAUCGCGCCCGGCGGCGUUUCGAACGCCUACGCCACCGCCGCUUUGGGACCGGCGCCCGGCUUGACCUACGAGAAUUUCAUCUACGUCGCCCUGACGGGCACCUUCAGAAGGAGCAACAACAACAACAACAGGGGUCACUACGAGCAGGAGGGCGAGCACCAGGACCUGGUGCUCGACGUGACGAAGCGCAACCGCGUCGUGACGGCGACGAAGGUGGCCGGCGGGCGGUCGCAGCUGUGGCGGAUGACGCCCGACGGCUACCUGGAGCACGAGGGCAGCCGCCCGCCGAGGCAUCCGCACCAGGCGCGCCAGCUCGGCGAUCUGCUCGUGCUGGACAUCGAGGAUACGGCGCCGCAGCCGGGCCGUUGGUCCAAGUUGGCGUUGCGAAGGGCCGAUCCGAGGCGGCGGUCGACGCAGCGGUGGCGGUUUACGGGGGACGGGCGGUUGAGGUGCGAUCAUCACAACAUGUGCGUGCAGGUGGUGGACGGAUUGAGAGCAGGUAAUCAUGUCGUCUUGGGUCUGUCCCAGUCCCACGGCGAUGGGCUCAAACGCCCCGCGGACGGCGGUCCGCCCGUCGAGCAGGCCAUGGAAAGACAAUACCUCAGGCCUGGAUCCGGUUUGUUGACGGUCACCAUCCACAUGGACGGCCCCACCAAGGUCAUAUCUGUCAGAGAUGCCAAAAAUCCGGAUUCCAUUGAUCAAAAAGGAGAUUGCGAGGAUUCGAAAGAAGAAGUGUUAUUCAGCGUGAAUUUGGAAGGAAUAGGAAUUAGUUUGGUAAAUAGGCGGAUUCCCGAGGAAUUGAUGUACAUUCAUUUUCGAAGGAUAUUCGGCGAAAUGACGGCUACAGAACAAAUCAAACGGAUAUGUUUCAGUAUAAAGGACAUUCAAGUGGAUAAUCAGCUAUUGGACACGACAGUGCCGGUCUUGGCCUACGUGACCCAUUCGAAUCCGAAAGCGCAGGAUCCGCAAGGCCACGAUUUCCUGCCGGCCUUGGACUUCAGCUCGGAAAUUCAACGGAAAAGCGACGUUUCGGUGAAGAUUUUCAAACAUCUGAUAGUCAGAUUGAAGAAAAUCACGCUCAUCAUCGAGGAAAUCGCGUUGCUCAAGCUGCUCGAAUUCCUGGGAUUCGGCUACGCGGCCGAGGAGUCCGUCAACAAGGAUUAUUUCGAGGAUAACGAGACGGCCGGUUCCCUAACGGGCUGCUAUGAGGCCUCUAACAGGUAUUAUUUCGGCAUAAUAAAAUUGAUCCCGGGUCAAAUACGAUUGAGCGUGAAAACGGCUACAACGAAUCUUCCGAGGAAUUUGAAGGCCAUCAAAAGAUCAUUGGGUUUGACCUUGAUAAAAUUCGAAGACGCCGCCGUCGAAUUGGAGGCCUUCGAAAGGAAACAUCCGUUCGAAACGAACGAGUUUUUAAUGAAGACCAUUAUUAAACAUUUUAAAGAUGAACUGAUCUGGCAGGCGGGCAUAAUCCUGGGAUCGGUCGAUUUCAUCGGUAACCCGUUGGGUUUGGUGAACGACGUAUCGGAAGGAAUAACCGGUUUCAUAACCGAAGGUUCCGUGAGAUCGUUGGUCAAGAACGUGACCCAUGGUAUGUCGAAUUCCGCCGCCAAAAUAACCGAAUCGCUAUCGGACGGUUUGGGCAAGGUGGCCAUGGACGAUUAUCACGAAGAGAUCAGACAGAAAAUCCGGACUUUUCACGGAGGGAAAAGCUCCGAUCACAUUUUGGCAGGUUUCAAAGGCCUGGGUUUCGGAAUCCUAGGCGGCGCCACCGGCAUAUUCAAGCAGGUGUACGAAGGGGCUUCCAAUGACGGUAUACAGGGUGUUUUCUCGGGUUUGGGCAAGGGUUUAGUGGGAGCAGUUACGAAACCGGUCGUCGGAGUGUUGGAUUUCGCUUCUGAGACGGCGAGAGCUGUCAGAGAUUCUAGUAAAAGUAAACAAACGCCGGAAAGAAGGAGAUUACCGAGAUGCGUACACGGGCCAGGUGGCCUUUUACCUAAAUAUAAUUCCAAGCAAAGCCAAGGUCAAGAGUAUUUAUACAGGGUGAACAAUAAAAAUUACUCGGAAAAAUUAAUAGCGUUCGAAAUUCUGGGCAGCGCAUCGGAGGAUUUACUUUGUAUUGUUUCAAAUGAAACUUUACGAAUCGUGACGAGUACGAAAAGUCCCGAAUUGACAUCGGUUGUUGAAUGCCUUCUAAGUGAUCUGGAAAUUUGCAACGUGAUAAAGGAGAAAGAACACGGCGAAAUCCGGCAUUACAUCGAAAUAGUGAUGCGUUUUUCCGGCACCAGCGCCACCUUAGUUAAUCCUGAUCCGGUGAAAAAACCGAGAGUCAGAUGUCGAUCACUAGAUUUGGCCGAUUCCAUUUCGAAGCAAAUCAAUUACGCCAAGAAAAAUUACAGUGAUCAUUUACAAACGUUGAUUGUAGAGAAUUCUUCAAUCGUAGACGAAUGA